UCUCUCUCCUGUCCUGAACGCCUCCAUUGGACUAGAGGGACCACUACUAUAAACAUACCAAACGUCCCAGCGAGAGAAGAAGACCACGUCGUUGUUAUCCACGGCCAAGUUGGAGAACUAUUAUGACUGUUUUUCCUGCUUUUUGCGCUCGUGAAAAACUCCCCAAAAAACCAACAGAAAACUUGAAACAGCAACGGGACUGAGUCUGCGACUUCCUUUGCGACUUUUUUUUUUUUUUGUUCUAAGGGUUGCGCUCAUAUGAUUCAAGAAUCUAUAAAGAUUUUGUUUUCCAUGUGGGGACUUAGGAAAAAAGACGUAAUGAGGAUUAUCUGUUUGCUGUGAGGUUCAACGCCGUCGAGCGAAGAGGAGUUUCUCUAGCGGGGAGCAGAAAUCGGCAUGUAGCGCAGGAUCAAGGCACCCCGUUCAUCCUCCUCCUCCUCAUCGUCCCUUCUCCUCCUCUCCGGACAUCUUUGGGAAUGGGCCAGCGCCUUGCCAGGGUGCAUCUCUCCACCCGGUGGUGUGGCUGGCGUCGUGCGAGAGUGAGGGGGGCAGCGGUCAGGUCAUAGAGCCUGCCUACCCCUCUCUCUCUCUCUCUCUCUCUCUCUUUCUCUCUCUCUCUCUUUCUCUCUCUCUCUCUGCUUGCUCGCUCCCAAAGUGACUUUUGACCUUCGACUCAGCCGUGACCCCGCCCUGACCUCCCGUCAGCCAUGCCCUUCCGACUGAAGCUGCGGCGCACACGGCGCUACAACGUCCUGAGCAAGAACUACUUUGUGACUCGGAUUCGUCUGCUGGACAACAAUGUGAUUGAAUGCACUCUGUCAGUGGAGAGUACGGGACAGGAAUGUCUGGAGGCGGUGGCCCAAAGGCUGGAACUGCGGGAGACCCAUUACUUCGGUCUGUGGUUCCAAGGAAAGACCCAGGCCCCGGCCCAGCGCUGGGUGGAGCUGGAGAAACCCCUCAAGAAGCAGUUGGACAAGUUUGGCAAUGAGCCGCUGCUCUUCUUUGGAGUUAUGUUCUACGUACCCAGUGUCUCCCGGUUGGAGCAAGAAGCCACCAGGUAUCAGUAUUACCUGCAGGUGAAGAAGGAGUUGCUUGAUGGACGUCUCCACUGCACAGUAGAGCAGGGGAUCAGACUAGCUGGCCUAGCAGUACAAGCUGACUUUGGAGACUUCACUCAGUUCAUGUCUCAGGACUUCCUCAGGGAGUACGUGCUCUUUCCAGUGAACUGGCAUAAUGGAGAAGAGGUGCUGGAGGAGUGGACUCAGAAAGUUGCUGAGGAGCACAAGAGUCACUGUCGAAUGCAGGCAGCUGAAGCAGAGCUGCUGUAUAUCAAGGAGGUAGAGAAACUGGAUGGCUUUGGCCAGGAGAGCUUUCCUGCUAAGGACAACUACACCAACGAUAUAUUCAUUGGCGUGUCCUUCAUUGGAGUGUUUGUCAAACACCGAAAUGGCAGAUCCAUCAUGCUCCACAAGUGGAAGGACAUUGGUACCAUCGCACACAACAAGUCAGCCAUCACAGUGGAGAUAACAAGCAGAGAUGACACCAUCAUUUUUCACAUGGAGGAUAUGGAAAUGGCCAAGUACAUCGCUCGCCUUUUCACGGCCAGACACAAGUUCUACAAACAGAACAAGAUCUGUGCAGAGCCGACUCACUCACCUGCACCACUCAGGAGGCGACCCACCUGGACCCACCGCCUCUCUCUGCCGCGGCCCCAGUCCUGUAACUUCCAGACAAUGCAUUCCCAGUAUGGAGAGCAUUACCAGGACACACAGAGCUCUCAAGACAGCAUCUUCCAUGACGACCCCUACUACAAGUCAGAGACCAGUCUGGACCACUGCCCGGUGGACUUUCCCUUUCGUAACGGCACUGUGCCCAAUGGAAGCAUGUACAGCAGCCCCAGCCUGAGCUCCCUCAAUCAUUCCCAGACUUUCGUCCCACCCUCGCCCAUGUCCUCCAACCUCAGCAUCCCUGGCAGUGAGCUCAUGCGCCCGGACUACAUCCCCAGCCACCGCCACAGCGCCAUCAUUGCUCCGUCCUACCGACCCACGCCCGAGUACGAUGCUGUUAUGCGGCAGAAGCGGCGCAUGCUCCCAGCUCAUCAUGACCUCCACAGCCAAUCGCUGCGUAGUCUGAACAUCAGUAAUGCCUGUGCUUACCGCCAGCCUGAGGCUCUGGUGUACAGCCAGCCAGAGAUGAGGGAGAGGGCCCCUUAUCAUGGCCUUGGGCCCAGCCCAGGACCUUAUGCCCCACAGAUCAGCUACAGUAAGCCAGUGUCCCAUGGCCCCCAUCAGGGAGGACCAGCCAGCAGCCAGGGGCCCUGUCAUUCACCCUGCAUUAAUGGAGGUGGAGGCAGUGGUGGUGGUGGAGGUGUAGGAAGCUCAAUCUCUCACACUGUCAGCACACCUGAGCUGGCAAAUACCAAACAACAGGGGGCAAACGCGGGAAGCUAUGCAGCUACAGCUAACAUGCUGAGAAACCACAUGUCACGGCCUCCUCCACCUUACCCUUCCAGCUCCUUCCGCCCGGCCACCAGCACACCGGACCUGGCCAGCCACCGUCACCGCUGCAUCGGGGGCAGCAGUCCGGAGCUGGUUACCCGCAUGGUACAGCUGUCAGUCAAGACCUUCCAGCCGGACAGCUCAGCCGUGGUGCACCAAUCCCUGCAGGAGGUUAGUGAACCGUUAACUGCUGCUGCUAAACACCGCUCCACCCUGGGUAAGAGACACAGCAUGGAGGUGAUCAGCAGCAUGAGAGGAGUAGGAGGUGGGAUGGAGGGCAUGGUGAUGAAGGGCAUGAAUGCUCCGCUUCAUCGGAGGAAUACACUCAGAGAACAUGUGAUGCCCCCUCAGCCUCAGUCCAUGUCUCAGCCUCAGCCUCAGCCCCAAACCCCUCAGCCACAACCCCAACCUCCACCUCAGCAGCCAAAAGAGUUGCCUAUGCAGAUGCCUGCCCAGAAAGCACAAGAAACGUCUGUAACGCCACCGGGGCCCGUGGCCUACCAGCAUCAAAAGACUCUCUCCAACGCUACCAUGCUGAUCCACAGCAGUGAGAGUGAAGAAGAAGAGGAGGAGGAAGAGGAGAGUCCUGAGUUGGAUGUUCAAAUCCCAGGUCUCAAUGAGGAAAUCAGCAUCAGUGCUCAGCUACAGGCUGCUCUGGCUAAGCUGCCCAACAAACCCCCUCCAGAGUACCCUGGUCCUCCCAGACCUCCUAGCAAUGCUCAGAUUCGUGCCCACACCCACAAUCACAACCACACCCACCACCGCAACCAUAAUCAAGGACCACAGGGCAACCAGGGACCAAUGGACCCAAGCCAGGCCCAGGGCCGGGCACUCAAACCCGGGCACAGCCAGGGUGGUUGCGGGCCUGGAGGUGGUGGUGGUGCAAGUGCUGGUGGGACACUGACCAGAGGGGACCAGGGUGGGGUGAAUGGAGCCGUUUUAGGCCCAUCUAUUUCAGAACCGGACCUGACCAGUGUGAAGGAGAGGGUGAGGAAGGAGCCGCUCAAAGAGAGGCCAGUGUCGGAGAUGUUCUCCUUGGAGGACAGCAUAGUGGAGAGGGAAAUUGCUCAGAGGACGCUGGAAAGGCAGAAGAUGUCAGUGGACUCCAUGAAGAGACCGCUGAUGAUGGCCGCCCUCAACGGCCUCUACGUAGCCCGAAUGCCUGUCCCAGAGUGUCCCGGGGAGGAAGGUGCCAAGGCUGCUACAGACGAACGGUGUAAGACCUUGGAGUUGAAGCUGGAAGAGGAACGAGUCUUCACUGAGUAUGAGCAGGUGCUCAAGAAGAGGGCAGACUGUGUUCUCACCACGGCAACCCUGCCUGAAAACACAGAGCGCAACCGUUUCCGUGACGUCGUUCCGUAUGAACAAAAUCGGGUUGAACUUGUACCCAACAAGGAGAACAACACAGGCUACAUCAAUGCCUCGCAUAUCAAGGUGAUGAUCAGAGGGGAGGAGUGGCACUACAUUGCCACCCAGGGUCCUCUCGCCAGCACCUGUGCCGACUUCUGGCAGAUGGUCUGGGAGCAAGGGGUCAACGUCAUCGCCAUGGUUACAGCCGAGGAGGAGGGUGGCAGGUCCAAGAGUCACCGCUACUGGCCCAAACUGGGCUCUAAACACAACUCGGCCACUCAUGGCAAAUUCAAGGUGACAACCAAAUUUCGCACCGACUCAGGCUGCUACGCCACCACAGGGUUAAAGGUCAAACACCUGCUGUCUGGCCAGGAGAGGACGGUCUGGCACCUGCAGUACACUGACUGGCCUGAGCAGGGCUGUCCUGAAUAUGUCCAGGGAUUCCUCUCCUACCUUGAGGAAAUCCAGUCUGUGAGGAGACACACCAACUCCAUGCUGGACACCUCAAAGAGCCUCAAUCCUCCUGUGGUGGUGCACUGUAGUGCCGGGGUGGGUCGCACUGGAGUGGUCAUCCUUACUGAGCUCAUGAUCAGCUGCCUGGAGCACAAUGAGCCAAUGGAGGUUCCCACCAUGUUGUCAGAGCUGAGGCAGCAGAGGAUGCUGAUGGUGCAGACUAUCUUGCAGUACAAGUUUGUCUACCAGGUCCUCAUCCAAUUCCUUAAAAACUCCCGCCUCAUCUGAGCCCGGGCUCCUGCCCUUUGACCUUACAUGACGCAGUAGAUGUCAACAAUGGUACUUAAAAUAAGUGUAAGGACUGUAUGACAGAUCCAGUAUAACUAAUAGCUGGUUGGAAGCAGAUGCAGAGUCAGAAACAACUCAGUUUUUACAUUGAGUUGUCUAUGUGGCAGUUUAUGGUUUUGGAAAUUCCGGUGGAUUCAUGUAUAAACUCACCUCAAGGGAGGAAAGGAUUUGUUUAGGCCUGUAUAGAAAUUGGCAACCAUUUCUCCCAAUCAAGUUAUUAAAUUUUUCCCCCCCGGGUUUUAAUCUUGGACCUGGUCCUUCUAUGUGGAGCGUGCACAUUUGUGCAUUUUCUCCAUGCAGGUCAGGUGAAUAAGCAGCUUGUCUUGCCCGCAGGCAUGAAUGUGUUUGUCUGUCUAUGUCUUGAGAAAUCAGAAUCUCAGUUACAGUUUGGACAAUUUUCUUGCCUGCUACAUUUCUCAUUAUUCAGCCAUUAUUAGAAAUGGCACAAUGCUGUAUGAACAGUAGGUGGCAGCAGUAUUAUUAGUAUACUCUAUACUCUGAAAGAGUUUGCCCAACAAAAGUAUUCUUGAAAUCACUGUUCUAAAAUGGUCCUUUUAUUUUUAACAGAGUGAUUAAUACAGCAAAUAUUUACUUCAACAUUGUUAAAAAUGUUUUUUUUUUAUUUAUUUCUCUCAGAUUGUGGUCACCUUUGCCAUUGAAUGGAGUAUUGACAAGCAUGUAAAUCCUUUUUAUUUCACCUUUUGAACUUGUCUUACUUUUUACAAUUUUUUCUGUAUAACCUUCCUUGUGAAUAUCAUAAGGAUUGCUCCCAUUUUCCUUCUGAAGUUGCCUUAUUUGAUACAUUUCUAGUAAGAUCCCUCUUACACAUGCACACACACUCAAAGUACAUUUCAACAAUUACUUAUUUCAAUCUUCAGUCACAGUUUCUUGUGAUCAAAAAGCGUCCACCACAUCUCUUACCCAAAAGCGUUUCAAAACUAUAAACAGCAUUCAGUCCAAUGAAUUGGAAUCAGAGAUUUCACUGUUUACAUGUGCAUUCAAUGGAGAACUGUGUCCUUAUACAGCAAACGCUGUAUAUACUGUAUCAUUGUGCCUUAUUGAAAUAUGUAACAAGGAGAAGCUGCCUGGCUGAUAUAUCUAUCCUUGUUUUAGGGUUUUGGAUGAGUUUGGUAAACUAAAUUCCAUUUUUACCUCCUAAGAUGAAAUAUUUGAAUCAGUAUUUAAUAGUCUGUGUUUUGUCAUAAGAACAACUUAAACAUUUCAAAUCAUUUACAUAACGCUCAGGUAAGAGAAUGCUGAUGUCUUGGUUUUGUUUUUGAAGGAAAAUGGUAUCAAAGUGACACAACUGUCUUUCUGUCCAUUUCUAACAAUCUGAUCCAAACCCAAAAGAUGACUGUGUUGCCAUGUUCCUAAAUCCUGUUUAUAAAGUGACACUCUGAAGAAUCUCCUUUUACAUGUUACGUUAAAUAUACUGUUUUAUUUUUCUGAAUGAUCCAUGAUGCAAAGCCAGUCAUGUCCAAAGUAACUUUUGUACAUACAGUAAUGGGCAUGUGAGAAAGGAUUUCUACAAAUGUUUUAUAUAAUUUCUUUUUUUUUUUUGACUUGGUACCCGAAAAAUACCGCAACAUAAUUAACUAUGCAUGCAUUUUUAUAUUUCAAUGUAUAUAUUCUCAGAUAAGUAUAAGCUUUAUGCUCUCUUGACAUAUAAGUGUUUUGUUGCACUUCUGUUCUCUUUGUGACAGUAUUUUCUCACACGGCAUUCCACUGUUUGUUUAUAUUUAAUUUUUUCCCCCUUCAUUUGUUUUUGGCAAAACUCCCAAAUACCUUUCAAAGUAUGUGUACAUAUGUUUUGUAUAUGCGUUUUCAGUGCAUCAAGUCUGUUGUUUUUCUCUCCCCAGACAUGUAUGAAACUGUCGUACUUGCUUAUUAUGCAAUAAAGCCUUAUUUUCUUUAA